AUGGACGAACAAGAUGAUGAGCUCGGGGUAGACAUGGAAAUCGAUGCAGAUGCUGAUAGUGAAUCAAAAAUGGCUAGUGGACAGCGUGAAGAAAUUUUAAAUGAUACCUUAUCUGCUACGGAAGGAGACAAAAAUUACAAAUUAUUCAUCAUAGUGGAUACGAAUAUUUUGUUAUCUCAUUUAGAAAUGGUAACCUUGUUAAAAGACAAACAAAUCAAAGGUUAUGGAUACCCAGUGUUAGUCAUUCCUUGGAUUGUUGUGGAAGAAUUAGACGCGUUGAAAACUUUACGAAGAAAUACGACCCAAAAAUUUUCGAAAGGAAAGGACAAGAGCUGCGAAUUAAGUCUAGAGACACAUGCGAGGACCGCUAUAAACUUUCUCUACAAAUCUUUCGCCUUAAACCAUCCCAGAAUUCAUGGUCAAACUCUAGAUGAGAUUCAAGAACAGAAGACACUAUUUGCUGCGUCCACCAAUGACGAUUACAUCCUGCAAUGUUGUUUGUUCUAUCGUGGAAAAAUUAAUAAUCCUAUGGAAGCUUCUUCUAAAAAGAACACGGUCGUUUUAUUUUCAAAUGAUAAAAAUCUUUGUACUAAAGCCUUAAUCAAUGGGAUAAAAACAUUUAAUAGCAAGACAAUAUUGGAGCUGGUAUAUCUUGGAAUUAAUGUGUUUCAGAUUGAAGAAAUUGAUACCCUUACCAUGCAAGAUGUACACAGUAUCGAAAUGUUGGAAGUUGGCGAAUUUCCUAACGAUGCUAAUACGUGUAUGAGGACUUCUAGUUGUCAAACUGAAGACCAUACAAUCAGUUGGCAUGCAGUUGUUGAUAACGUCCGUAGCGUAAUUGAGGAAGUAGUACCAGAAUUUGUAACCAGUGAAUUUAGAAGAGUAUUCGAUGAUACAUGGAUGGAUAUUGUCGCUGUUAAACCGCCAUGGAAUUGUUAUGAGUUGCUAUAUUUAUUACAAAAGCACUGGAUAGCUGUUUUUGGAAAUGUUCUUUCAAGAGAUUCCAAGCAAUUCAUUGAUUUAUUGCAACAGAAAUUUAGGAAUAACGGACUAGAUAUAGGUAGUUCCGAUACCAAAGAUAUAUUAGUAUCAUGUAUGGAACUAAUGAAGUAUAUUAACUGCCGACCGGAGUAUAUGACUAUAUCGCAAAAAGGCAUAAAAGUUAUAAAACUCUUACAAGAAAAGAUGGUUGUAGAGAAUAGUAAUCAAUAUACUGAUGAUUACAACUCGUCGUUACUCGCACAAAGUUGCAAUGAUUUCUUAAUUCCGGAUGCCCAAACUACAGGAUUUCCCGGCUUUAAUCAUGAAACUAGUAAAACUAGGAUUAUAUUUUACCAGAUUUGGGAUAGUGCUAAUAACUUAUGUAAUCUUCUUUCAUCGCAACUGAAAGUUAUCGAUGUGAAUAGAGAAAUUUCUGAAACUCCUUUUAAUGGUACUUCUUUGGGAGCAACGCUUUACACAAGGCAGAUAAUUGAUCGUCUUCAUUCGCUUAUUAGGGCACUUAUCAGAGUUCGAAACGUAAAUGAUAGUUGUACAAAAGAAGUCAAAAGGGAAAUUUUUAAAGAAUUGCAGAAAGCUCUUCUUGCCUAUACAACAUUGGCUUACAAUGAAGAAUUUAACAAUAUUUCUGUAGAUGAAAUAGUUGACCUAUAUGAUGAUAUCAAGACCAGACAGUAUUUUCAACAAUAUUUGGAUAAAUUUCAAAUGUUACUUGAUAAAAUUAAUCACUUGAUUGGAACGGUGGAUGAAACUAACAGAAAUUAGUCAGGAGCCG